AUGUCAACUUUCUUAACAAGCGUGGUAAAUCCCGACCCUGGGUCUAUUGACAUAAAUAAUGUCUUCUCACUAAAUCCAUUAAACACAGUACCUGGUAAUGAUAUGAGUGAAGUAUUUUUCCUCAUUCAGAAAUUAUAUCAACAACAGAUAAAAGGAUAUUGGGAAUUAGUGAGUUUGAAACAGUACAUAGAUCAGAAACUUGUACCACGGGGGCUCAGACCUGAGAUCCCUUUACCCGACAAAGUUACCACUGAAGAGCAGACCCAAGAAUGGAAUAGCAUUUUAUUGGAAUGCUCAGCAAAAUUAAUGCAAUUUUUAAUCAAACUCGAGUCACAAAAUUUGGAGAUUACGAAUCAGAAUUUAGAAAAAGAACUAGUAAAUGUGAAAACCUUUAAAGAUCAAUCAGAGUUUCCCCUUAUGGAAAAUAAAUUACAAAAGAAUCUAGACUCUUUUAAGAAACACAUUAAAGAGAAAAAACAUCUGAAAUUUCUCAGAGACCACAAAGAUUUCAAAGAGGGGAAUAUUUUUCGUUUAAAAAGAAAACCAAGAACCCGCAAUUUCAGUAGAAAUAGCUCUACAUCAGGCAAUACAGACUGGAUGGACUCCGAUUCGGGCUCAUCCAGAUCAAAUAGUAACCGGAGAACUAGAGACUAUUCAGAUCAGACUAGGGGUAGAAGCAUCCUUAAAAAGCCUAAUAGAGGUGUGACCUUUCCAGUUAAUCCAGAAUCUGGGAACCACGAUACCACUAAACAAACAGAGAGGGUAGAAAAAUCUUCCUCAUCUCCUUUUUUAGAGGAGGAUUGGCCACUUCCAUCAGGUGGCAGACUAAGGGAUCGGAAAAAAUGGGGAUACAAACCAGACAAAAGAAUCAAUCUGACCUAA